UAGAUCUCAAUUGGAAGAUGAGUAGAUUUGGGGAAAAAACUGUAACUGUACAGUCAGGAGAAGCUACAUCCCUUGGCCCCCAGAUUCCCCAUAAGGAAGAUGAGCUAGUUCUAGUGAACUUGGAGAACAGGAGUUGUAGAAGGGAACAGAACACAAGCAUUCAAGGGAGCAGCCCUCCAAAGCAGAACAUCUUCCAAAACUUUAGGCAGUUUCGUUACUGUGAAGUGUCUGGCCCUCGAGAAGCUCUGACUCGCCUACAGGAUCUCUGUUGGGAAUGGUUGAGACCAGAGAUCCACACAAAAGCACAGAUCCUGGAACUGGUGGUGUUGGAGCAAUUCUUGACCAUUCUCCCUGACACACUCCAAACCUGGGUUCAGAAGCAUUGUCCAGAAAGCCCACAGGAGGUGGUAACCCUAUUGGAGGAUUUGGAAAGAGAGCCAGAUGAAUCAGAUCAGGUCCCCACUAAGGCACCAGGGUCCACAGAAGAGACAGCAGCCCAGGGAGCAAUGGAAUCCCAGUUUAAGACUAUGCCCUGCCCAGUACAAGAAAAUGCCACUUGUAUUUCUGCCCUUCCUCAAGAGAAGCAGCCCCCUGUUGUCCUAGCACUCCUGACAGCUGAGCCCCAGGAGUUGUUGACAUUUGAAGAUGUGGCCCUGUCUUUGACCCUGGAGGAGUGGGUACAAUUGGACCUGCAUCACAAAGACCUCUACAGGAAUGUAAUGCUGGAGAAUUAUGAGAAUAUUGUCUCAUUGGGAUUAUCAUUUUCCAAACCCGCUGUGAUUUCCCGGUUGGAACAAGAGAAAGAGCUAUGGCUUUUGGAUAUUCAGGGAGCUGAGAAUAGAGAGGUCUGGAAAAGCAGAAGCCCAGAUGGUGAGACCAGUACACCAACCUACAAGCCAGCCUCCGAGCAGGAAAGUUCUGAAGAGUUUCAUUCAGAGAGACUGAGAAAACUACAGAAGGAAGGUCCCCAAUUACAUACAUUUGGAGAAAUCUUUGAACUUCAAGGCAAGUUCAGAAGUGUACAGGGAAGACAUACAGGGGACAAACUGAAGGGGGAGAAGGAGACUCUCAGAGAAGGGACUGUCAUGGAUAAAAAUAGUCUCACAGAAGAAAGAUGUCAGCAUUAUAAGGAAUGUCAGAAAGGCUUCUGUCUAAAAGUUCCUACAGGAGACAGAACUUAUAAUGGUGAUGAAUAUGGCAGCAACUUCAGUCAGAACUUUGAUCUUAGUAAACAUAAGGAAAUUUACCCAGGAGAGCAUCCUCACAAGUGGAAUGAGCAUGAGAAAAGUCUCAUUCUUUCAUUUGUUGAGCACCAACAUAUCCCCACUAGAGAAAAAACUCAUCAGCAAAGCAUUUCAGUCUCUCCUGAAAGGAAUUACCAGAGAACUCAUACAAGUGAGAGGCGUAAUGAAUAUAAUGACUGUGGAACAAGGCUUAGUUCUAGUUUAGUCCUUAAUGAUUCUCAGAAAAUUCAGGCCAAAGAGAAGCCUCAUGUAUGUGAUGUCUGUGGAAAAACUUUCAGUUGGAGAUCACGGCUUAUUCAACAUCAAAGAAUCCAUACUGGAGUGAAACCCUUUGAAUGUGAAGAGUGUGGAAAAUUCUUUAGUGAGAAAGCAUACCUUAUUCAACACCAGAGAAUUCACACUGGGGAGAAACCCUAUAUAUGUAGUGACUGUGGAAAAGCCUUCAGUUACAGAGCACAGCUUUUUCUACAUCGAAGAAUCCACACUGGGGAAAAGCCCUAUAAAUGUAAUGAAUGUGGGAAAGCCUUCAUUCAGCGCUCAAGGCUUAUUCAGCAUCAGGGAAUACACACUGGAGAAAAACCCUUUGGGUGCAGCCAAUGUAAUAAAUAUUUUAGGUACCGCUCAAAUCUUUUUAAACAUCAAAGAAUCCAUACAGGAACGAAACCCUAUGAGUGUGAUGAAUGUGGGAAAGCCUUUAGGCAGAGCUCACGGCUUAUUCAACAUCAGGGAGUACACACAGGAGAAAAGCCCUAUGAAUGCAAUCAGUGUCAUAAAUGUUUUAGUUAUCGCUCAAAUCUUUUUAAACAUCAAAGAAUCCACAGUGGAGAGAAACCAUAUGAAUGUGAUAAAUGUGGUAAAGCCUUUCGACAGUCUUUUGAUCUAAACAGACACAGGAAAAUCCACACUGGAGAGAAACCCUUUGAAUGUCAUGCAUGUAAGAAAAGCUUUAGUAGGAAUUCGCAUCUUAUUCGACAUCUCCGAAUCCAUACUGGAGAAAAACCCACUGAUGCAGUCAAUGGCAUAUAAAAUUUUAUUGGUUCUUUAUUCUGUCUCUGUAAAUUAAUGCAAGGAAGAAAAACAAUUAACUGAAAUGGGAAACCUUUCAUUAUGAGGUAUUUGAGCAUUAUAAGGCAAUUCAGCAUUUGAGAAUCCAGAAAGAAAAAAAUUCUCAGCAUGAUAACUAUCCUGCCUUGGUUCUUUAGUUGAUCACUUGUCCUUGAUACCUGUCAGCUUUGGGGGUUAAAUAGUGGUGUAACCUUAAGGCUAAGAACAAGUGGAAGGGACCCUAUAAGGUGGACAGCUCCUUGGAUUGUGCACUAUGUAUGCACAUUUAGGGGCCAUCUCCAGUUGUCCUGAGGAGAAAGUGAGGCUGGUGACCUUGCACAGCCCUCUCUCACUUAUUUCAGUUCACUUGCUGGUCCUCUUCGAGAAUGGAGGACAAACAACAAUAAUGUAUACACAUUUAGCUAGCUUGUGAGAACUUUGAAUUUUGUUUCCUUGUAUUUUGAUGUCUCUGCCUUUGCUAAUUCUAGUUUUCCAUUAAUGCUUUCUGAUUCCUCUUUAUUUAGAACCGUUCCUUUCUGUGUAUGACUCAGCCUUAAUACAAACUGUCAUUGCUGUCUCAGUCUCCUCUCCAUAGUGUGUCCUAGUCCAACGCAGAAUAUUAAACAAAGACUAACCAUUGACCAAUAAGAAAGAAAAAUAUGAAUAUUGCAGAAGCACUGCAACAAAGGUCUUGCAGAUAUUGUUCCACCUAAAAAAUCUUGGAACAGAAUUUAAAAACCUGAAAGAUUUUAAAAUCCAGGAAAAGCAAGAGCAUACAAGGUCAGUCAUAGACUUCUCAUAGUCAUUCAGCCAUAGACCUAAUCCACAAAACACCACUCUCUUCUACAAAUCAUAGAUCUUGAAUGUCUGCUUUUAUACACCUUUAUAGGAAAAAUACAUUGACAAUAUGAGAAGCUUCAAUGAGAACAAUUAGAGAAUCCAGAUUGGAAGAAAUGCCUACAAUUCUUAAGGAGCAUUAUUUAAGAAAAAGGGAGCAUGCCAUAUAAUUAAAUGAAAAAUUAAUCAAGAAAUUUUGAUUGAAGGCCUUAAUGAAGAUAUGAGAAUGAUUGGCAUAGUAGAAUCAGGAGAAUAGGCAAGAGUUGAAACAGAAAUGGUCAUUUGAACAGACCAGCCACGAGAAAGCAGGAGUGCUGAUUUAUGAUAUGAUAUAUGAUUUUAUGACUGGUUGUAACAAUUUAAAAAAAUGAUAUACAGACUAACCCCUUGAUUUUUUUGUGUUCAGGUUGGUAUAUGCACACAAAGCUAAUGAAUAGAGGAAUUAAGUAAUAAAAAUAACUAUAUUGCUCUGUCUCAGAACUGAAUUUAUUGCUGCCCCCUAAAACCUAAUAUAAGAAUUGUUGUGUAAGCGGAGACGUAGGUGGGAAUAAUCAAUCACGUGUGACCAAAACUGCCCCUUAAAUUCUAAGAAUUCACUUGUGUGGAGUAAAUUAAAUGUCUACAAGUGGAGAGAUUCCUGUGACUGCUAACACCUAAACUAUGCUU